GGGAAUUUGAGAUUGCGAUUACCUCUGGAACAAGUUGUGUGCAUGAAAACUGAAAAGUAGUAGUAAUUAGCAAUUGAAUUGAUGGCGAGCGAGGACACGAACUUCGAAGACGAUCAACUAGCGUCUAUGACCACCGAUGACAUCGUUAGAGCUUCUCGUCUACUCGAUAACGAGAUUCGCAUUCUCAAGGAAGACUUGCAGAGGACCAAUCUGGAAUUGGAAUCGUACAAGGAGAAGAUAAAAGAGAAUCAGGAGAAGAUCAAGCUUAAUAAGCAGUUGCCUUACCUCGUUGGCAACAUUGUCGAGAUAUUGGAAAUGAACCCAGAAGAUGAAGCUGAAGAAGAUGGUGCCAACAUUGAUCUUGACUCCCAAAGGAAGGGAAAAUGUGUGGUGCUAAAGACAUCUACUAGACAGACGAUUUUUCUUCCUGUUGUUGGGCUUGUUGACCCUGACAAGUUAAAACCAGGUGAUCUGGUCGGUGUUAACAAAGAUAGCUACUUAAUCUUGGAUACUCUGCCUUCUGAGUAUGAUUCACGAGUUAAAGCCAUGGAAGUUGAUGAAAAGCCAACAGAGGACUACAAUGACAUUGGUGGGUUAGAGAAGCAGAUCCAAGAAUUAGUUGAAGCCAUUGUUUUGCCAAUGACGCACAAGGAGAGGUUCCAGAAAUUAGGAGUUCGUCCUCCCAAGGGAGUGCUCUUAUAUGGACCUCCAGGGACUGGGAAAACAUUAAUGGCCCGUGCUUGUGCAGCACAAACAAAUGCCACUUUUCUGAAGUUGGCAGGUCCACAGCUGGUCCAGAUGUUUAUAGGAGAUGGAGCAAAACUUGUCCGUGAUGCCUUUCAGCUAGCAAAAGAGAAAUCUCCGUGCAUUAUAUUUAUAGAUGAAAUUGAUGCAAUUGGAACCAAGCGUUUUGAUAGUGAAGUAAGUGGAGACAGGGAGGUACAACGAACUAUGUUAGAAUUGCUCAAUCAACUUGAUGGUUUUAGUAGUGAUGACCGUAUCAAGGUGAUUGCUGCCACAAACCGUGCAGAUAUUCUUGAUCCUGCCCUAAUGCGGUCUGGUCGAUUGGAUCGAAAAAUUGAGUUUCCACACCCAAGUGAAGAGGCUAGAGCCCGAAUUCUGCAGAUCCAUUCCCGGAAGAUGAAUGUUCAUCCAGAUGUUAACUUUGAAGAAUUAGCUCGGUCCACGGAUGAUUUCAAUGGAGCACAACUUAAAGCAGUCUGUGUCGAGGCUGGCAUGUUGGCCCUUCGCCGUGAUGCAACCGAGGUGAACCAUGAGGACUUUAAUGAAGGUAUCAUCCAAGUCCAAGCAAAGAAGAAAUCAAGCUUAAAUUAUUAUGCAUAGGCACUCAACGCAAUGAAGAACCGGCAUUUAUGUCUGACAUUUAUUUUCUAGUAUCAAUUUUACUCGAAUCAUAUGUAAUUUAUAGCUUGCUAAUUAUCAUCUUUAAAAACAGUAAUGUAAUCUUACAUUUCACAGAAGUAGCUAUAUGUUGUAUCUGCUUCCUGUUUUAAAAUUUGUCGUGCUGGGUGCAAGUUUCUCUGUGUUCAGUAAACCGUUAUGAAAUAUGUUACAUUCGGUAUAUACGGGUUGGGCAAUGUCAAGGCUGGAAGCUAAAUUUGAAUCUAACGGAGGAUUAUUUGAAAUCGCGGAACAGUUGAUCGAGUAAUUGAUUGCAUGACAUCAAGCAACUAAGGAGAGAGCAUUAGAAAGAAAUCUUAAAGUCUUGUUUCAAAGAAAAGUGCCAAUCGUUUUAUGAUGUUGAUUUCUGUUUUUCUUUCAUUUUACACAACUGUGAAGUUAUUUAUAGAGUGAAGUUAUUUAUAGAACAAUUUUAUGG